AUGCAGAGUCUGAUGGGAGCCGCGACCGGCGUCGAGAUAGUGCCGGCACACACCUACGCGAGGCUUCGUUUCGACGAUGCGGCGGAUCAGGCGGUGCAGCACCUGGCUCUGGUCCUUCAGUCUCAUCGUGGAUCUCCCUACGAGGGCCAGUUCGUGUCGCAGGCCGAGCCCCGAGCGGGUACGUCUUUACGGCAUUUUCCCGCGGAUCCAGCCCAACACGGUGCUCCCGAGGAAAAAAAACCCUACGGGCGCGAUCUUGGCCGCUGCGCGCGUCUCGCAUCGACCCCGUCGGGAUUUCCUCGCCGGCGAAUCGAUUCCAUCACUGUUGCUCGAUGGAAUUGA